AUGUUCGUUCGCGGCAGUGGUUCUGGUCACAGUCUGGCUCAGAUCUAUCUUGAAUCCUACUUUGUCAUGCUACCGCGAACGGCGAGGGCUGGCCUUGCUGCUCGCAGACAAUUUCACCAAUCAUGCGUAGCAUUGGCAAAGCCAAAAACUCAGAAGUCUUCUAAGGCCAUAGCAAAGGUCGUACUUGCACCACAACCUAAAGAUGUUUCAGCAGAGAAGAUCGCUAACGAUGCUCUUGCACUUUUCUUUCUCUCAAGAAGAUCAUCCUUGGGGUUGACCAAAGGCAAGGCCGCGCAGACACGGCAUUACGGCACAUUUGCCUUUAUCGACAAACUGGUUCUCAAAUCAGAAAAUACAGAAGGGAAGUCUCCUCGAUCCACAGAGGAUAGGGAGAAGUCCAGAGCUCCGGAAGAGAGGGAGAAAGACGCAUCCGAGUUGGGACAAAAUCGGAAGGAAUCUCAAAGUGAGAGGAAAAUCGAUGCUUCAGACAAAAUGGAGGAUCAAUCGAAAGAUAAUAAAGAGCGGAAAGAGGAACAGUUACCUGGAGGUAAUAAUGGCGGCCUUACACCAGGACAAUCAUUCCUAUUGCUCGUGGUCUCAGCUAUCCUCUAUGCAAUGACGAGUUCCACUACCUCCAACCUCAGCCAAAAGGAAAUAACAUGGCAAGAGUUCAGGAACAGUUUCCUUGACAAGCACCUCGUCGACAGACUCAUCGUCGUUAAUCGUUCAAAAGUCCGAAUUGUACUGAAGGGCGAUACCACCGGAACCACCCCCCCACAAGCCGCUCAGUAUAGCUAUUACUUCUCCAUCGGUAGCGUAGAGGCCUUUGAACGAAAGCUCGAUGCCGUCCAAGAUGAGCUAGAGAUACAGCCUUCGGAACGUAUACCUGUUGCAUACCAUGAGGAAGUAUCAGCCCUCAACACGAUUCUCACUUUUGCUCCUACGAUUCUACUGGUCAGCUUUAUCUGGUGGAUGAGCCGACGGGCUAAUAGCGGUGCUGCAGGAGGAGGAGGCAUUUUCGGUAUUGGCAAGAGCAGGGCAAAACUCUUUAACCAUGACACUGAAGUCAAGGUGCGAUUCCAGGAU